CUUCAUUCUAUGCAUGCAAAGUUCUACACUUAGUGUUUCCCACGAUGGCUGCGGCUGGAAAACUUAUUUGUAGAAUUUCGAGCAUCACAAAAUCUGGAGUCAGAUCAUGUUACACCAAUACACGAAAAAAUCUGAUGAUAGACAGAAAUACUAAAGUUAUCUGCCAGGGAUUCACAGGAAAACAGGGGACCAUACACAGCCAGCAAGCCAUUGAGUAUGGGACAAAGAUGGUUGGAGGUGUCUCCCCUGGAAAAGGGGGUCAAAUCCACUUAGGUCUUCCUGUCUUUAAUUCAGUUCAGGAGGCAAAGGACAAGACAGACUGUGAUGCUUCAGUUAUUUAUGUUCCACCACCAUUUGCAGCAGCUGCCAUUAAUGAAGCAAUUGAUGCAGAAAUCCCCCUAGUUGUUUGCAUUACAGAGGGAAUUCCCCAGCAGGAUAUGGUCAAGGUCAAACAUAAAUUAGUACGCCAGGAUAAGACUAGACUUAUUGGACCAAACUGUCCAGGCAUUAUUAAACCAGGAGAGUGUAAAAUUGGCAUAAUGCCAGGCCACAUUCAUCAGAGAGGAUGUAUAGGAAUUGUUUCUCGCUCCGGAACCCUGACCUACGAAGCUGUCCAUCAGACCACACAGACGGGACUCGGUCAGACCCUUUGUGUUGGUAUUGGGGGAGAUCCAUUUAAUGGAACCAAUUUUAUCGAUUGUUUGGAGGUGUUUUUAGCUGAUCCUAAAACAGAAGGAAUAAUUCUGAUUGGUGAGAUUGGAGGUGGAGCUGAGGAAAAAGCAGCAGAAUACCUCAGAAAUAACAACCACGGUCCAAAUGCCAAGCCAGUAGUUUCUUUUAUUGCUGGCUUGACUGCACCUCCAGGCAGGAGAAUGGGCCAUGCAGGAGCCAUCAUUGCUGGGGGGAAAGGAGGAGCAGAUGAAAAAAUAGAGACAUUAAAAGCAGCAGGUGUCACAGUCACAUUAUCCCCAGCUGAAAUAGGAAAAGAAAUGUUAGAGUCAAUGGAGAAAAUGAGAUAUAGACAGCAUUAACAGAGAAUGGAAAAACAUAAUCAUCACCAUUGACAAGACGAGAGAUUGUAAGGACAACUAAAAUUCAGGAUGUUGAAAUAUGUGGGACAUUUUAAGAUGUGUGAUUCAUUAAAUUAUUACCAAAUUAUUAGAAUUUGAGUGUUAGAAAUAAAUUGUGAUGGAAUAUCAUAAAUGGUUGAUAUAAAAAAUUGAUUUUCACUUACCAGUAAGCCUUAUAUCCCAUAGCAACAUGCUUGCAAAUAAAAAAAAAUAGCAGAUAUCUGACUAUAUCCAUAAGCAAAUAUCUACAAUGUACCACACAUUGAAAAAGUGACUGAUUUAAUAUUUAUAAUACAGUUAUUGAUUUAAUAAAAGAUAUAUAUUCCAA